UCUUAAAUAUAAUAAAUAUCCAUACUAUAGCCUAUAUAUUAUGUAUUUAUAUAUUAUCUCUAUAAAGUAGCCUAAACGUGUAUGUCCGAGCCUCUCUGAAUCAUAAUCAGCAUUGCAUUGUGCAAGAAUGAGGAAAAGCGUUCUAAUUGGUGAUUCACUGGUUUGAGAGUAGGCUACAAAUACUAUUACAGAAGGGGAGCAGGGAGAGAAAGUCAAGCAGUCAGUCCUAACCGGUUUCUCCAACAUGGGAACUUUUUUUGACCGACUAUGGAUAUUGUCUGCUUUAUUAUUAGCUUCUUCUGAAGUUCUUGGCUCAAACAUCUGCACAUCUCGAGGGGUGAGCAACUGCAGACAGUGUUUGGCUAUCCACCCUAGCUGUGCUUGGUGCUUUAAGGAAGAGUUUGGCCAAGGGGGCUCCAGUGCGUCCCGUUGUGAUCUGAAGCAGAACCUGUUGGAUGGUGGGUGUACGAAAGGGGAGCUAGAGUUCCCCUCCAGUACCAUCAGUGUACAGGAAGACACGCCCCUCAGUGACAAGGCAUCGGGGGCGGCUGACGACGUCACCCAGAUCAGACCCCAGAAACUCAGCCUCACUCUGAGACCAGAUGAUGCCAGGCGUUUCACAGUGACAGUGAAGCAGGUGGCGGACUACCCAGUGGACCUAUACUAUCUGAUGGACCUCUCCUUCUCCAUGAAGGACGACUUGGCCCGCCUGCGCUCCCUUGGCAACCAGCUGGCUGCAGCCAUGGGCCGCACCACCAGCAACCUGCGUAUGGGCUUUGGGGCCUUUGUGGACAAGCCCCUGUCCCCAUAUAUGUACACCUACCCUGAGGAAGCCAUCAGGAACCCUUGCUAUGGGAUCCAGACGCGGUGCCUGCCUCAGUUUGGCUACAAGCACGUUCUGUCUCUGACGAAGCAGGUGGAGCGCUUCACUGAAGAGGUGGCGAAGCAGCAGGUGUCUCGUAACAGAGACUCCCCAGAGGGAGGCUUUGACGCGGUCAUACAGGCAGUGGUGUGCAAGGACAAGGUAGGCUGGCGUGCGGAUGCCUCCCACCUGUUGGUGUUCACUACUGAUGCUACGACACACAUAGCCCUGGACGGCCGACUGGCUGGUCUAGUGCAGCCCAAUGAUGGACAGUGUCACAUCGACAAAGACAACAACUAUGACAAGUCCUCAGCCCUGGACUACCCCUCUCUGGCUCUGAUUACAGAGAAGAUGUCUGAGAACAACAUCAACCUAAUUUUCGCUGUGACCAACAAUGUGGUGUCCCUCUACCAGAACUACAGCCAGCUCAUUCCUGGCACCACAGUUGGAACGCUGUCGGAUGACUCUGGGAAUGUGAUCCAACUCAUCCUGGAUGCUUACGAGAGAAUCCGUUCCAAGGUGGAGCUGGAGCUGCUGGGUGUUCCAGAGGAGCUGGCCCUGUCCUUCAACGCCACCUGCCUCAACGGAGAGCUCAUCCAGGGACUCAAGUCCUGCUCCGGACUUAAGAUCGGAGACACAGUGUCGUUCAGUGUGGAGGCCAGUUUACGCGGCUGCCCUAAGGAGAAGAACCGUACUUUCACCAUUAAACCUGUGGGCUUCAAGGACGCCCUGGAGGUUAUGGUCCACUUCGCCUGUGGGUGUGACUGUGAGGCCGCAGCUCAGCCCGAGAGCCCUCUCUGUAACCAGGGCAACGGGACCUACGAGUGUGGUGUGUGCCAGUGUCACCCGGGGCGCCUGGGAGACCGCUGUGAGUGUGCUGACGGGGACUACAGGCCCUCAGACCAGGGCAACUGCAGCCCCAAAGCUGAGGACCCCAUCUGCAGUGGGAGGGGCAACUGUGUGUGUGGCCAGUGCUCCUGCCACACUAGUGGCUUUGGAAAGGUGUGGGGCAAGUACUGCGAGUGUGAUGACUUCAACUGCCUGCGGUUCAAAGGAGAGAUCUGCUCAGGCCAUGGUAAAUGUGACUGUGGCUUCUGCAAGUGUGGCUCUGAUUGGAUGGGGGAGAACUGUAACUGUUCCACCCGGACAGACACCUGCAUGUCCAGCAUGGGCCUGUUGUGCAGUGGCCGGGGCCAGUGUGUGUGUGGGGCCUGUGAGUGCACCCAGCCAGGGGCCUACGGGGCCACUUGUGAGAGGUGUCCAACCUGCCCUGAUGCCUGCAGCAUCAAGAAGGAAUGUGUUGAAUGUAAGCACUUCAAGAGAGGCCGUCUCUUUGAGGAGAAAAGCUGUGCCCGAAUCUGCAGGGAUGAAAUUCACAAGGUGGAAGAACUAGUCUUCUAUGAGAAGAAUGCUGUGAACUGCACCUAUAAGGAUGAGAAUGACUGUGUGGAGCGCUUCCAGUACUAUGAGGAUGCCAGCGGCAAGUCCAUCCUGUAUGUCAUGGAGCCUGACUGCCCCAAAGGACCUGAUAUCCUGGUGGUUCUCAUGGCGGUGGCGGGGGCCAUCUUGUUUCUGGGUCUGGCUGGCCUGCUCAUCUGGAAGCUGCUGGUCACCGUCCACGACCGCCGAGAGUUCGCCAAGUUUGAGGAGGAGAGGGCUAAGGCCAAGUGGGACACGGCUAACAACCCCUUGUACAAAGGAGCCACUACCACUUUCACCAAUGUGACCUAUCGUGGGAACUCUUGAGGGACCAAUCACAAUCAGCAAAACUCAGGGGUCUAUAAAAGAGAUGCAAUGUAGUGACACAGAGGGGGUUGGUGAGGCAGACCCUCUCCACUGUCAUGUGAUAAAGUGUGCUGACUCUACUGUCAAUUAAAGACAUUUGUUGAUAUUGUACUGUAAUGUUGCUAUUCUGUGUAUUAUAUAAAAACCAAAGCAUUAAAACUGCCUUAUCCAACAUUUUGAUGUCAGUCCAAAUGAUGGCAGGGCCUCCAGGACCCCUAUUUUACCCAGGAAGUGUGACGUCAUUCCCAUAAUAAGGCCUGGUACAGUUCAGAGACCCCAAACCUACCUUUGGAGAGAAAUGUGUUAUUUUUAUGCUCUGUUUUUGUUUCAAAUUUGAUAAGAAGAAAUGCAUGAAAUUGUCCUGCGCACACACCAUAGCACACUUGCUCACAGACCUCUUUGACAAACAACUUGGUUGUAGUAUGUUAUUAUGGAUCCCAGCUGCUUGCUACUACUGCCACUGUUUACUUGUGUUAUGACACUGAACUCAGAUAUUCUGACUGUAAAAAAAAUUAACUGUAAUAGCUACAUGGGAUAUCAUGGGAUAUCAUCAUGAGUGAAUGUUGUUUUAGUUAGUGGUGCUGGUGGACAAUGUAUGUUAAUGGCCACCAAUUAGCAGCUAUGGCUAUCUGCUCUAGCAUGUGUACAGUACAGUAUGCAUUUGUGCUUUGGUAUCAAACUUGGGAGUGAUGGACAUCAAUUAACUGUUUGUAGCCAAGUUUGCCAGUUGUUAGAAUGUGGCUACACAAACAGACGUUUAGCUUGGUCCCUUUUAUAAAUCACGUUUUUUAUCAAAUAAUGCAUUUCUGGGACAUUGGUUGUUCUGUCAUUUGCUUUAUUGCAUGAAAUAUGUUUAUGUUAAAUGUAAUAUGUUUUGGGUGGCCUUUGGUUAGUUGAUUGGUUUUACUAUGUUGAUUAAAAAAAUUGAGAUGUCACUCAUCAAUUUUUCUGUAUUUUUGGGCAAUUUUACUCUGCUAAGAAACAUUUUAG